AAGGAAGGAAGAGCAAGAAGGCGAGGGAGAAGGUAAAUAUACAUUUCACUUCCCUCACCUGUGGAUCCGGGCGGGAGGCAGACUGCGUUGGAUAAUACAGAAUGUUGAAUAAGCAAAGGUUGGGGAAAUGAGGAUUGUACGGAGCCACCUCUUGAGUGCCGUAAGGAAACCAAUAAUAUCGGAAGAAGAAAUCGUCUCAAGGUGAUGAUCUUGCUGAAUUCUUGAACGCACUUACAGUUAGGAAACAAAAAAGGAAGACCCAAGGAUCUGUAUUGCGAUUUAACACCCAUAUCACUGUUGGCAUGUACGAGAAAAAAUCUCAAUGGCAGGAGUAUGGAAAGAGUUUCACUUGGAGAGAUCAUCUGAAGGAACAUGAAAGAACUGACACUGGGGAGAAGCCAUAUAAAUGCUUUGAAUAUGUACAGAGCUUCACUCAGAGUUCACAUCUAUAUUCACAUCAAAGGACACAUAUUGGGGAGAUUCCAUAUGAAUGCCUGGAGUGUGGACAGAGCUUCACCCAUAAUUCAGGUCUAUGUUUCCAUCAAAGGACUCACUCUGGGGAGAAACCCUAUAAAUGCCUGGAGUGUGGACAGAGCUUCACUGUCAGUAGAAAUCUACGGUCACAUCAAAGGAUUCACACUGGGGAGAAACUCUAUGAUUGCCUGGAGUGUGGAAAAAGCUUCACUUAUAUUUCAGGUCUACGUUCACAUCAAAAAACUCACACUGGGGAGAAACCCUAUACAUGCCUAGAGUGUGGACAGAGCUUCACUCAUAAUUCAAGUCUACGUAGACAUCAGAGGACUCACACUGGGGAGAAACCCUAUAUAUGCCUAGAUUGUGGACAGAGUUUCACUCAGAAUGGAACUCUACGUUUACAUCAGAGGACUCACACUGGGGAGAAAGCCUACAAAUGCUUGGAGUGUGGACAAAGCUUCACUCGGAAUGGAAGUCUACGUUCACAUAAAAGGACUCAUACUGGGGAAAAACUCUAUAAAUGCUUGGAAUGUGGACAGAGCUUCACUGAGAAUGGAAGUCUACAUAAACAUAAAAGGAUUCACACUGGGGAGAAACCCUAUAAAUGCCUGGAGUGUGGACAGAGUUUCAGUCAGAGUUCAGGCCUACGUUCACAUCAAUGGACUCACACUGGAGAGAAUCCCUAUAGAUGCUUAGAGUGUGGAAAGAGCUUCACUCAGAAUGGAAGUCUACGUUCGCAUCAAAGGAUUCACACUGGGGAGAAACCCUAUACAUGCCUGCAGUGUGGACAGAGCUUCAUGUAUAAUUCAGGUCUGCGUUCACAUCAAAGGAUUCACACUGGAGAGACACCCUAUAUAUGCCUCGAGUGUGGAAAGAGCUUCUCUCACAGUGGAAAUCUACGCUUGCAUCAAAGGACUCAUACUGGGGAAAAACCGUAUACAUGCGUGGAGUGUGGAAAGAGCUUUGCUAAGAAUGUCAAUCUACGUUUACAUCAAAGGACUCACACUGGGGAGAAACCCUAUACAUGCCUGGAAUGUGGACAGAGCUUCACUCAGAGUUCAGGUCUACGUUCACAUCAAAGGAUUCACAGUGGAGAGAAACCCUAUACAUGCUUGGAGUGUGGAAAGAGCUUCAGUAGGAAUGUCAAUCUAAGUUCACAUCAAAGAACUCACACUGGGGAGAAACCCUAUAUGUGCCUGGAAUGUGGACAGAGCUUCACUAAUAAUUCUGGUCUACAUUCACAUGAACGGACUCACACUGGGGAGAAACCCUACACAUGCCUGGAGUGUGGACAGAAGUUUACUCAUAAUGGAAGUCUACGUUCACAUCAAAGGACUCACACUGGAGAGUAACUAUGCAUGCCUGGAGUGAGAAUUCAACUAUACAUAGACAUGGAAUUCACAUUAGACAGCUGGCCCUCCAUAUUUGCAUGUGUAGUUUUGAUGGUGGUGAUGAUGAUGGUAAUAUUUUUAUUUCUUACCCUCCUCUUCCUGUGGCUCUAGGCUGCUUACAACAGAACUAAAAACACAUAAUUACCUAAAAUAUUAUAUAAUAUGCAGUAAUAAUCUUUCAUACGGCAUUAUUAUAAUCAAAGUACGGUAUAUUAUAUUAUAUUAUAUUAUAUUAUAUUAUAUUAUAUUAUAUUAUAUUAUAUUAUAUUAUAUUAGCGGUCCCCUGCCAUGCAUUGUUGUGGCCCAGUCUAGUGAUCUGGAAAAUAAAGUAAUGUGAAAGUG